CGAGGCAGCAUAGGCAGAGGCCUUUAGUGUGUCUGUCUGGGGAGCUAAGAACAGCGGCGCUUUCAGAUUCAACCUACACAGAACUGUCCUCCAGGCUUCCAGGAACCCAGGGAUGUGUGGCCCCCAGCAGGGCUGGAAGUGAUUGCCCUGUGCUGGGCACUGUCUAAGGAGAGGGGAGAUCUCCAAAAGAGCACCCCACCGGAGAAGACAAGGAAUGGAUGAGCUGUGAGUUUUAGACAGUUGCUGCACUUGACCUCUAGGAAGAUGUCUGACAAGAGAUAGGUUCACUGGGCCACACGGAUUCUGCUGGCACAACUGUCACCUGGGAGGCUCCUCUGGGAAAGCAAGAUGUCUGUCAACAGCACGGCCCUGACGUUGCCCAGCAUCACCUACAUCACCGCAGAAAUUCUCAUCGGGCUCUGUGCCAUAGUAGGCAACAUGCUGGUCAUCUGGGUGGUCAAGCUGAACCCCAGCCUGCAGACCACCACCUUCUAUUUCAUUGUUUCCUUAGCCCUGGCUGACAUUGCUGUUGGGGUGCUGGUCAUGCCUUUGGCCAUUGUCAUCAGCCUGGACAUCAUGAUCCAUUUCUAUAGCUGCCUUUUCAUGACCUGCCUGCUGCUGAUCUUCACCCAUGCCUCCAUCAUGUCCUUGCUGGCCAUUGCUGUGGAUCGAUACCUACGAGUCAAGCUCACUGUCAGAUUCAGGAUUCCUGAGAUCCCUGAGUACACAACUUUCCUGUUGAAGGUUUGCUUCCUUCCGAUCAUGGUGCUCUUCAUUCUACUUUCCUUGGCCAUCUUUUCAGAUGCCAUGGUCAUGGAUGAAAAGGUCAAGGAGAGCUUUGUGCUGGACACAGCUUCUGCCAUUUGCAACUAUGAUGCUCACUAUAAGGACUACCCCAAAUACUGGUGUCGAGGCUAUUUCCGGGACUACUGCAACAUCAUCGCCUUCACACCCAACAGCACCGGCCGUGUGGCCCUGAGGGACACGGGAAACCAGCUCAUUGUCACCGUGUCCUGCCUGACCAAGGAGGACACGGGCUGGUACUGGUGUGGCAUCCAGCGGGACUUUGCCAGGGAUGACAUGGAUUUUACAGAGUUGGUUGUGACUGACAACAGAGGAGCUCUCACCGAUGAUUUUUCAUCUGAGAAAGACCUUCUAGGCAACAAGAACAGAAGCUGCAGGGCUUCAAAAGUUGUCCAGAAGGCAGAUCGCUCCAGGAUGUCCAUUCUCAUCAUCUGCACACUGAUCACGGCCUUGGGGAUCAUCUCUAUAGUCAGUCAUUAUUUGACCAAAAGAAGGAGAAGUCAAAGGAAUAGAAGGGUAGACAACCCUUUGAAGCUCUUCUCAAGUGUCCUGACUCCAAAGGAAAUGGCUCAUCCUGAACAGAUGUGACUGAAGAUUUCUUUUAUUUCAUUUAUAAAUAAAGUGAUGCUACCGUUGGAUCACCGUGGCAACUGGUCCACAUCUCUGGAACUGAUUCUGACCUCGCAGGCAUUCUGAAGGUUCUAUGCAACCUUGCUGGCAAUCAUUUGCAGUUAGGUAACAAGAACCGUGUUAGCCAGAACAGCUAUAAUGGCUACAAUCAGGUAGCAUCUCAAGAUCUUAGUUCUCAUGCAUUUAAUUAGCCAGAAGUGAGAAGAGGUGUAGAAUCUGGGUCAGGGGACAAGAGAUCGCUUGUACUUUAUUUGUUAGCCAAUAAAUUCCUGACCAGUAUUGAAUGAACUCCAGGGUAUGACUGACUUCUCCUGGCAUAUCAUGGGAAAAGUAUUUCUGGAAAAAGUUUCUUUAAAAGUGUAAUAUUCCAACUCAGUUGUGAAUAGGUAUCAAGUGCUGUCCUAACCAAAGAAAUGAAGAUAGAUCAAAACAAUGGUUCUCAGGCUCUCUUGGUGAAAAGACCAUGGACCGUUAAUCAUGUCCUUUAUGGGUAAAUGCCACCAGACUGAAUAGAGGCUGAUUUUGAUCAAUGAGGAGGAGUGAUAACGUAAAUGAGAUAUUCAUACAAAUCUGGAAACAGAAAUCAAAACAGAGAUAUUUGCAGCCUUUGGGUGCAAGUGAGGUUCUAUCAUCAUUAAUGUCAUUAAUGACCAUAGCUCUUAGCCUCCACCUACAUGUCUGCACCCUCUCUCCCCAUAUGGUGUUUCUCCUGCUGUUCCUGGGAGUCCAAGAGUGUUACCACUACUGCCUCUACUCCCUUCAUAAGAACCCUGCUCUUCUCGG